AUGUCGGGAUCGCGCUGCCAGACGCUGUAUCCCUUCUCCGGGGAGCGGCACCGCCAAGGGCUCCGCUUCGCCGCGGGGGAGCUCAUCACGGUGCUGCAGGUGCCGGACGGCGGCUGGUGGGAAGGGCAGAAGGAGGACGGGCUGCGCGGCUGGUUCCCGGCCAGCUACGUGCAGCUCCUGGAGCAGAAGCCCAGAAAGGCAACUCCUCAGCCAGGAGAAGACACCUUGAACAGCCAUCUUCCCCCAGGCUGGCAGAGCUAUAUGUCUCCCCAGGGCCGCAGGUACUAUGUGAACACCUUCACGAACGAGACAACCUGGGAGCGGCCAAGCAGUGUGCCUGGGACCCCGAAGAGCCCUGUGACACAGCAGAGCCCAGCAGUGAAUGGCUAUCACAUUUCUGGGACCCCGGUACACCAGCUGGACUCCACUCACAUGAAUCUCCGAAAAGCCAGUGGGGAUCCCCAGACCCCGGGGUCCCCGGCUGCGCCGCGGAAGCAGAGCAAGGAGAGCAGCCUGACGAUAAACUGUGUAACUUUCCCCCACCCUGACGUAAUGCCAGAGCAGCAGUUGUUGAAACCUUCAGAGUGGAGCUACUGUGAUUAUUUCUGGGCUGAUAAGAAGGAUUCACAAGGGAACAAUACGGUAUCGGGAUUUGAGAUUCUUCUUCAAAAGCAACUUAAAGGGAAACAAAUGCAGAAAGAAAUGGCAGAGUUCGUUCGAGAAAGGAUAAAGAUUGAGGAGGAAUAUGCUAAGAACCUGUCCAAACUGUCUCAGAAUUCCUUGGCUGCUCAGGAAGAAGGCACACUGGGAGAGGCUUGGGCUCAGCUGAAGAAGAGUCUCGCUGAUGAAGCAGAGGUUCAUCUCAAAUUUUCUUCUAAGCUUCAGAGUGAGGUAGAGAAACCCCUGCUCAACUUCAGAGAGAACUUUAAGAAAGACAUGAAGAAGUGUGACCACCAUAUUGCAGACUUAAGGAAGCAGCUGGCCAGCCGCUAUGCAGCUGUUGAAAAGGCCCGGAAAGCCUUGACAGAGAGACAGAAGGAUCUGGAAAUGAAAACACAGCAGCUGGAGGUGAAGCUCAGCAACAAGACAGAAGAGGAAAUUAAAAAGGCAAGGCGGAAGUCUACUCAGGCAGGAGAUGACCUGAUGCGUUGUGUGGAUCUUUACAAUCAAGCCCAGUCCAAGUGGUUUGAGGAAAUGGUGACCACCACUCUGGAGCUUGAGAGACUAGAAGUUGAAAGGGUGGAGAUGAUUCGGCAACAUCUCUGCCAAUAUACACAGCUGCGGCAUGAGACAGACAUGUUCAACCAAAGUACAGUAGAGCUUGUGGAUCAGCUGCUUCGGAAAGUGGAUCCUGCCAAAGACAGGGAACUGUGGGUAAAAGAACACAAAACUGGAGAUAUUCGACCUGUGGACAUGGAAAUAUAGACUGUUCUUACAGUUGUGAUGAGCCCACUGAAUUAACCAGGCUAAUGUUUUUUUUCUUGGGGUCAGAAGAGUAUAGGGCAAAGGUUGUUCCACUAUCAGACACCUUGUAAUUUAUGCCUGUACAGGCUGUCUGUUAAAUUUAGUCAUAAAAUUUGUCCUUGUUGUGCUAAGCCUUAAGCACCAAACAUUCCAGGGUGAAGAAAAUAGAUUUGUGCUUCCCACCAGAAGUUCCCAGUUGCACUCAUCUUCCAGAAGAAAUCUACUUUCUGGUACAGAGAGAGCUCUGUUCUUCUAUGACUUUUGUGCUACAUCCCUUGCAUGACUAUCGUAUAUAUUAUGUUAGAACAACCACUCAGUGCGCUUCUGGCCGGCCAGCAAGUAGGUAACCAAACAGUGCAGGAGGCAAGGAAGUGCUGAUCGAGAAUCCCAGGCCUGUCACCGACUGCUUUCAUAACCACAGACAAGUCAAUAAACAAUUCUGGCUCCCCCAUCAGUUAAACGUACAUAUCUUGCAUCGCUGUUGUAUGAGUACAUUGAUUUCAUACAACAUAGUUUCCCACAAUGGCCCUUUGGAAACACCUAUGGAGAAGACCCCUGUUCUCCCUGUUUUAUACUCCCUCUCAGGGAUAUAUAAACCCAGUAUCAUCAUUUUUGUGCUAGGCCAAUCUAUAAAGUGUUACCAUCCCUGUUGUUUAACAGGAAAGAUUUGGUUGUGCUGUACCUACCUCAUUAGCUGUUGGAGUGCCCUCAGUGACAGAAGAAGGUUGCAUAGCAAGAAAUAAAUGAGAUGUUCUAAAACUUUCUGCUUAUGCAGGAUGUUUUCUCAUAAAGACAGCCCUCUAACAUUUUGUUUGGGAUCUAGAUUUAAAUUGCUCUUUGUUGGUUUCUGCAGGUGAAUAUCAGAGCCCUUAGCUAUAUUUAUUCACCAAAUUUGCGUAGAUGAAUUGUGACUUUUAUCUUUUAGAGCCUGAUUUUCAAAGGUGCCAUGUACUUGUGAUUCUAGACUGCAUCAGAUGUAGAUGUAGGUGCUCAGCAUUUCUGAAUCAGAUUCUUAAUGGUUUCUCCUAUAGUGUGAACUACCAGAAAUUCAGAGCAGCUCCUGGUACAGAGUGUUGUGUAGUUUGGAGACUGGUUUUCAAAAGGUAUUUUCUUCUCCCAGUGUUAUUUCAGAUUUUUGCUCUUAAUCUGUUUUCCAGCUUCUCUUACUCAAGAUUCUUACUUCAAGUCCAGAAGAAAGAGAGAGGUUCUACAUUUUCCCUCUUGGAGAUCUUCAGAGGCAGCCUGGGUAUGGUCUUGGACCAUCACCCUUGGUGACCCGGCUUCAACAGCAGGUUUUGACCAAAUGAUCUUUAGAGGUCCUUUCCAAACACAUCCAUUCUGUGAGUCUGUGAAACCUUCAUUCUCACCACUGUGGCCUUUCCUCAUUGUCUACUGUGGUGUUAGCUGCUGUUUUCCAGUGUUAUUCCUUUAGAUCCACAUUUUUGUUCCACUUUUAUCUUGUUAGCAUUUCUUUUUCCCCGGUAUGGAGCUUCUGUCUUUCAUCUGUAUGCCCUUCUAGGCUUCUCUUCACCAAUCUCAAGUUACUGUGCUGUGAGAACAUCUCUGAGAAUUAAUCUUUACAAAUACAAGCUGAGACAUAGAGAAGUCUUAUCUGAAAUAUGUUUUUAAUAUUGAUUAUUUUUCUGGCUCGUCAUUUCAAACUUGCAUUUUCCUGUUGUUCCUUUUCUUUCCCCACCAUUUCUUUACUAGUAUAGAUUCAUAGAAAAAAGGUUGGUCACCUUUUAUUCACCUGAGUUAUUCCCAUCUUGCAAAUGCCUCUUCAGCUCCUUUCUCCGCUAUGUCACUAGCUUUAUAAACCUUUGCACAUCAGCAGGUGCAGUGUUGUGACUGUUGUAUGCUAGGAUCAUUGUUCCUGGUGUUACUGAUUGUUAGAGCUGACACCUCUUAUACUGCACUUUUGUUACACGCUUCAGAAUUUGCAGCUGUAAUUUUAUUCUUGGUAUUGGAAGCACCCAGCAUGUUGAUACUUGAAACUUGGUUUAAGUGUCUCUCAGUCCCAGAGCUACGUAAGACUACACACUUUUCCCUCGCCUCCUGUUCCACUUAAAUGAGGAGGUUUUCUGCUAAAUUGUCUUUUUCAGUCUUCGUAUUCCUUUGCGGUCUGUCUUCAGUAUGAUUCUUACUGGCAUACUGAUGUGUACUGCUGUCUCUUCCAUGCACUUCAGGGGCAGGUAUUUUUGGUUUGUUUUUUGUUUUCUUUAAACCACAAAUGCAAGGUGAGCUUUCCAAACUUCAAUACCAAAAUUAUAUACUUAAGAGCUGUAUCUAAGGUUGACCCCUGUAUUCUAACCCAUAUUGCAAAUUUGAGCAAUCUUGAUGACCCAUCACCACAUUCGUGGUUUGAUUACAAAAACAAGCUAGUCGUGCACUUUAUAUGGUAUUCUCCUUACUAAAUAUAUGAAAUACUCUGUUAGCAAUUUAUUUUUUCCUCACUUUUUUUCCACAUAUAUUUAUUAUUUUAUUUGUUUGUGGCUGGAAAUGCUGUCCAUUAGCACAAGUUUCUCUCAGGACUGCAAUUUAUUUUGGUUCCUCUUCUGAGGCGUUCUUAAGCUGCUCUCAGUUCUCACUUGAAUUUUCUGAUGACUUGGGGUUUAUUGGUUUUCUUUGGUUUUAAUUAUAUUAUUUCUAGACAGUGAUCCUACUUCUACUUUUUGAUCCUCUUGAAAUGUUGCAGGGAAGCAUAAGCUGCACAGAAUGAUAAUUCUUUUGGUGGAGGCUGUAUUUUUUUUUCUUCCAAAACACAAGGAGAGCACCUUCACCUAGCUGCUGCUUGCCUUUAUUUUGCCCAAAUUCUCACUUGGAUCUACUCUGCAAUGGAUGAAAUGCUUCCUUUACAAUAAGACUUAAUAAUAAUUUUCUAGCUGGUAAAAUCAUUAGGAGUGUUUUGCUCUUGCUUGUAAAUAGUUUCCAUCUUAUUUCCUGGGAACGAUACACCUUCGUGGUAUCACACUGCAGAAAGUGGGAUCUGUGAUUCUUUGCCCAUUGCAUUCUCUGACUGAUGGAUCUUGGACAACAUGAGGCAUAACAAAUAAGGGAGUGCUGGAGACCUGGUGUUUCUGAAUGGACUUCGUCUUCUAAACUGCUAGUGGUGUUUUUGUUCCUAACAGGUGAAGUUUCAGCAUUUCUUUAUUCAUCUUCCAAUAAAUUGAAAAAAAAGCACUUGUUCCCAGUCUUUACUUCUCCGGACCAAGAUCAAGCUUGAUGUUAGGCUGCAGCAUGCAUGUGAAAGCAUGAGGAUGUUUCAGUGUGACUGAUUAAUAGGAACAGCAGAAUAAGUCUCUUGCCUCCAUAGGUCCUGAGCCCAGGUGUGAUCUCGUUCUUUUUCUGGCUGGCUAGUACACACAUCAUACAAGUUUUUACUAUUACACUGCAAAUAAUACACUUUUUAGUGGUUUGGUGUGGCUGUCUUGCAGCUUCACAUGGCUCCCUGGUCACAGAGCAGAAAAUGGGCUGUUGAUCAGCAUUGAUUGUUUUCACCUAAAGAAGUGCAGUACAGUUUGUGGGAAUUUGCCUCUGACUCCCAUCUUGUAGGCCUCCUUGCCCUGGUGUUUUUUGAAGCUGCCUGAGCUUCAGAGCCCUGCCCCUUCUGUGCAGCUCCUUCUCUACCCAAGUGGUGUAGUGAUAUUCUGGUCUCAUGCUGCCAAGCCUCUGGUUUCCCAGUGAUUGAUCUCUGCUUCAGCCAGAGCUUUUGAGCUCUUGUCUGAGGUAGAGGGCUCCGUGAACUCCUGUGGCUUUGAAUCCUUUGAAUGUUCUCAGUCAAAACAAGGUUUUGUGCAACUGUAACCUCAGCUUCCUAACAGAAUGCUGGUAUUUUAUUCAUUGUUCCAGCCUGCCUGUAAAUUCUCUUUUCUGGCUCAAGGCACUGUUGACUCAAUAGGAAGUCCUUUUUGCAAGUCUUUCCUGGAAAUAUUCUUUUAGGUCUUUUUUUCCUAACAGUAUUAGUUCCGGAUCCAAUGCUGCUGGCUAAUUUCUGUUUGAAUUAAUGAACUGAAAGUGAUGACUUAUUUGCCAUGUGAGCCAAGUUCACUCUUCUGUGGCACUGCCAGGAUUCCAGUCGCUUUCAUAAAUCAAGAUCCAAAAAAGCCUAAUUCUCAGAUUUCCAACCUACUGCAGAUUCUCAAUUGUCCAUAACCCACGUAUACUAGUUGCUUUUGUAUGUUGAGCCUGGUGGCUCUUAUCCAACUUAGGAUGUUCCAUGAUUCUGUGGACUUCUGUUGAAAGAAUGCAGUUGUUCUCUGUUAGGAAAUCUAUUAUUUGAUAUUGAGAUCUUUAGAGAUGGUUUUAAUUUAUUUUUUUAGAUGUUGAAAGAUGGUAACAACAUUGAAAGACAUGGGAAUCCUGCUUAUGUUCUCAGAAUACUUUUUCUCCUCUGCAGUCCUGCCUGAGCUGCUGUGCAGUAGCUGUGUUCCCUCCAUGUUGAACAGCUACAGUACAUAUUGAAGUUAUUUUUCCUUUCAUGUGUAACAGGUAGCAUGCAAACUUGUUCCCUGCUUUUGUUUGCACUUCAUGCAUCCUGAGUUUUGUGUUGCAGAGUUAACUGUUGUUAAUUGCAACCCCGUGCUGUAGUGACAGCAAGUAUAGCCAUCUUGGAGUGGCGAGUUGCAUGCAGAUUACCUUCUUUUUUUCUUUUUUUUUCUUUUUCUUACAGAAGGUUUCUAUAAAGCAUUCACGGGAAGCAUUUACAUGCUGGUAAAAGUCCUAACUGUCCACACCUUCUCAGAAUGUCUUUAUGCUUGUAUCUUUUUUACAUCAUCCUUCAAAUACUUGCUGGAAAUGAUCUUCCAUAGUCUUCAUGUAGAAAUGUGCACUCUUCCUUUGGCCUUCUGUUUGGAAGUGCUCAGCACUCAGAAAUUUCUAAGAGGUGAAGAGAGUGUGCAUGGGUGAUAACUGAGACCUUGAAAAUCAGGCUACUGAUUAGAAAUGCACAAACUUUUUUUUUUUCUUAGUCUUUCAGUACAUAUAUAAGGAAAUACUGAGAAAUGAGAUUCUCCAUUACUUAAUGAAUCUAGCUGCUGUAUGCUGUUCUCAGCAGAAUGACACAACAGCUCUGGAGCACAGUCUGACAGCUCUCCUUUUGCAGUCCCAAUGAUCCAAAUCCCAAAUUAAGUGAAAAAGAGGCUCUGACCUUCUGUUUCUUUAGUCACACAGACAGAAAAAGAGCGUUGCUUACCCAGGUGGAUCCUUCACAAUGACGCACCUUAGAAAUCCCAACCAGCACCUUUAAGGCACCCCUGGAGUGAGUAGAUGUGACUUGGUGUGAUCAGUUGUUUGCUUUAUUCUGAAAAGAAAAAAAACACACAGCUAUUUGCUAUUUUGUAAUAGCCAGCAUACUAUUUUGCACUAUUUAGUACAGCCUGCUGGGUAUGUUUUUAGAGAUGAGGUUCAGACUUCGUUGUCCUGGAAGAGCAGUGUGUUGUUCGCACAUCACUGAGCUUUCUGGAACAUCUGUAGGCUUUUUGCUCACUAGCAUGUAUUAAUAUAGGAGAAUGAAGUCCCAGAGCUGGUGGUUACCAAAGUGUUGCUGUGAAUAAUUCGUGCUAUCUGGGCAUUCCUCCUGAACUCAUACAGUGAUCAGGAGGAGCUGUCUGGUGUCCUUCAGUGCAUGGUGGAGGCAUCUGACAGUUCACAGAGGAGCCUGCUGGUCUUUGCUUAACAGGAUGGGCAACAGUCACAGACACAUUGCAUUGUACAUGGAAGCUAGUAAAAUAUUUAGCCACCUCAGUGAAAUUUGAGCUUCUCAACAGUAGGCACUCAUCUCCCUCAGAGAUCUGAGAUCUCCCUCCUGAUUGCAGUAACAGACUCCUCUCUGAAUUUUGUUUAGUGUCCCGAAGUCAAUGAUGUUGCCUCAUGUUUGUUUCUUGUUAAAGGGCUCUCUGGCCAGCACCUGGUUGUGCCUGCAGGAAUCCGGUAGGUGGCAACACCACACUGAUGACUGAAGAAUGUUUUUUGGAUUUGGCAGUAGUGUUUUGUUGUGUGCCACUGCACUGAACUGGCUGUAAACUGGACUGCAUCAAGCCUGGUGUGUCCGUGUUCUCCAGGAGUUUGGAAUGUGCAGUCUUUCUGUUGCACAAUGGCAGUGUCAUCUUUCACAUCAGCAAGUCCUUGUCUUUUCCUGAGAAGAACUGCUGUUUUUAAAUAAUAUCCAUUACUUUAUCUAAUGGUAGAUGUUACUCACGUAAGAGUGCUUCAGUCAGUUCAUACUUCUUCAUUGUUACUGUACCAACCAGCUCUAUUACUGACAUACAGCACUUUCCAAGGUGCUCACAGAACAUCUCUUUUGCUUUAAUGUGCUGCCUGAACUUCACGCUUUUGGAUAUUUUCUGAGUUUAGGGUGUGCUUGUUUUUUGUUGGCUUAUUUUGGCUUCUGUUUGGAUUGUUCCUCCAAGCCUCUGGGCUUGGAAGUGUAGUGACUCUUUUUUUUGUUGGCCACAGCUUCUUUUCUGGAGAUCUUUUCUGAAGGGACCAACCCAUAGCACAAUUUGACUUAAAUUUCUAAUCCCAUAUUCCUGAGAGUAGAAACCUUUUGUGCCUAAUGAAACAUCUGAUUCUAACAAUUGUACAUGGAUAAAAUCUUACAGAGACCAAUAUGAAUUAUGUCUUAUAAUAACAGCAUAAUAAUUACAGAAAAAAAAAAUAUAAAUUUGAAACAUUCAAAUGUAAUUCCCUCAACUUACAUGAAGUUGAAUUGUCCCCGGUGUAUCGUACGAGACAAACUCAGUGGACGUUCAGAACAAAAGCUUUUCAGCUGCUGUACUCAGGCUCAGGAGUGCACAACACCUUCAUUUUGAAUAUAUGCAGUCUUUCAAGGCUACUGAUUUCACAAAUAACUGAGCAACGGCUUCUAUCACAACCCUACCAAAAUUCAUCCAGUAGUUCCCCUUGAAGUGCCUAUUUAAACUGUACCUGCUACAACCAUAUAACAUGCACAGAUUCACCCUAUGAAUUUCCAGAACUCAGGAGCAGCCAGUGCGCACUGAGCUGUGCAGGAUUUCUAGCCCUCCUUCUUUGUUCUGCACUAUGCACUCUUCUUAGGGCAUCAGCAUACCCACAGACCUGCCUUUAUCUCACUAAUCAUUUGCAGUCCAACAUAGGUGUCAUAAAUUCUCAGUGCUGAAAAUGGAGUAGGAAAUGUUAAGCCAUAUUAAACUUAGAAUAACUGCUUUGGAGGACAGUUACUAACUUUAUUUACUGAUACAUCCUUCAGCAUGGGGUCUCAGUAGAAUAAGAAUACUGCAUAAAAAUAGUUGAGUAAGGUGGCAUUUCGGAUUUAACUAGUGCUGUUUUGUAAAAACAAACCGUAACUCUUCUUUAAAGCAGCUACUUAAAACAAUUUUGUCUGGUACUGGAAGUCCAUAAAGCUGAAUGAUUUCAGGGAUCUCCUAUCUGCCUGACAUGAAAAUUUUAGUCAUUUGAAUUUGGGAAUGCUCGAUGUGAAAUCCCAUGUUCCUUUGGAUAUUUUUUGAUGUGCUGAUAGAGAUUUUCAAAAUAGCAUAAGGAAUUUUGAUAUCCAUUUGCCACUCUGUUACUGCUCUAUGGCAGGAACACGCUUUACAGACAGCAACUUUAUCCAUUGUGGAAAAAAGCAGGUAGUAAUACUGGGCAAAUCUUUUCUUCUAAAUUUCCUUCUGGCAGCACAAGAUAAGGAAAAUUCUACCCAACAGUUUUGCAGACAUUCCAGCAGCAGGGAUUCAGAGGUAGGCCACAUCACUGCUCGUACAGUUAAACAAUUUUCUACUAAAAUAGGGUUGCCUAUUUGGUCCUUUUUGUGUAAUUUACUAAAUACUUUCUAAACUUUUUGAAAAGUUGUCUUUUGACAGUACUAAUGAGUUCUUUUUAAAGAUGCUUAACCAAUAUUUUAUAAUUUUCCAUAAAUUCUGGCUGAUAAGGCCCCUUAAAUUAGAUUAUGUAUCAUGCAGCCUCUGUCUAAGUAAUCAGUAAAUCUUGGGUUGUUGUGCAAAUUAUAGGAUCGGUUUCGUUCCGUAAAGGUGCAUGAAGAAAUCGCCAAACUGAAGGGGUUCAAUAUAGGAAAGAUUUAAGGGGCAGAUCUUCAGCUUGGGUGAACUGGCAGAGUUUGGUGGAAGAUACUUGAUGUCAGUUAUGGAUCUUGUCCUUCGAUGUUGAAGGCAUUUCCUCUACAUAUUUUCUGUCUUACUGUAAAACUAUUUCAUACGGUUAAACUGUAUUUUGCUAUGUUGUUCUGCAGGUUUAUAUGCACCACAGUGCUCAUCUCAUCUCCUGUAAAAUAAACUGUACAGAGACGUAUUGAGCAUGGAA